AUGUUUCAGCAGACCCUUUGCCAGCAGCUGGAGCAGCAGGGCGCGGGGGCGCUGGAAACAGCAGCAGCAGCAGCAGCAGCAGCAGCAGCACCAGCAGCAGCAGCAGAAGACGAAGAAGCCCGCGUGCUGCAGCAGCUCGAAAGCUGCCGCAGCUACGAAGAAUGCAGGCAGCAGUUUGCUGCUGCGCUGCUGCGAGCAGCAGCAACUCCGCGGAUUGUUGCUGCUGCUGCGCUGCAGCUGGCCAUUUGGGGCAGCAGAGAGUUCAGGGAGCAGCAGCAGCAGCAGCAGCAGCACCAGCUGCUGCAGAAGCCAGACAAGGCCAACUCUGCUACUGCUGCCAGGACUGAGAUCCCCUUCAUGCAGUACCAGUUCGACGAACGUUCAUGGACUUCAAGCAGCGGAUGCGUUUGGCGCUGCAGCGGCUGCUGCAGGAGCUGCAGCAGCAGCAGCAAAGCAGCGCAGCAGCAGUUUGCUGCGCUGCUGAUGGUUGCUGCAGCACUUUCUAGGGUUUGCAGCAUGGAGGAAGUGCGGGUGUUGGCGUUUCCGCUGCGGGGCGCGCUGCAAACCCUAAACCCUAAACCCUUAAUUAGGGUUUUGCACAACUACACCAAGUGCAUGCAGCGCGACGCAGACGCAAAAGGCGGAAUUAACAUCACAGCAGAAGACAGAGACUUCACUGAAAAGCUGCUGCAGGAGCUGCUGCGCUGCAGCGAGGGUUUCCCGCAAACCCUAAACCCUCGCCGCGAAACCCUCAAAACCCUAAACCCUAGAGACAUAACCCUUUUCCUAAAAGCCUGCGACCGCCUCUCUCUCCAAAACCCUAAUUUGAUGCAGCAGAUUGGCCAGCGGGCUUUGGCGCAGCAAGAGAGCUUCUCCGUCCAGGACUGGGCCUCCGUCAUAGCAGUGUUUUCGCGCAUGGGCUUCCCGCUGCGGGGAGAUUGCUCGAAGCAAAAAAGGCCGCAGCAGGGAAGAGACUGGAGCCGGCCGCCGCCUCCGAAGAAACCCGUCCCCAUUAGCCAGUGCUGA